GGCUGACGUCACUUCCUGUUGGACGCUCAGAAGUGCUGUGAUAGAAAGCUAUGUUAUUUGGAAGAUAACAUUAUUAUCAAGGGACAACGGAUUAAAGGUUCAUUGAAAUGAGCUGGAUUCCCUUCAAGAUCGGACAACCAAAAAAGCAAAUAGUCUCUAAAACUGUUGAAAGAGACUUUGAACGUGAAUAUGAAAAGCUCCAAAAGCUUGAGGACCAGACUAAGAAGCUUCACAAAGACAUGAAGAAGAGCACAGAAGCUGAUUUAGCCAUGUCUAAAGCAGCAGUGAAGAUCUCCGCAGAUCUGCUGAGCAACCCUCUGUGUGAGCAGGACCAGGCCUUCCUGGAGUCCAUGAAUGAGUUGGACAAGGCCAUGAAAAGGAUGGAUGCGUUCAACCAGGAAAAGGUUAACCAGAUUCAGAAGACCGUCAUAGACCCUCUAAAAAAGUACAGCGGUGUCUUCCCGAGCCUCAACAUGGCAGUGAAGCGGCGUGAACAGGCUCUGCAGGACUACAAGCGCUUGCAAUCUAAAGUGGAGAAGUAUGAAGAGAAGGAAAAAACCGGGCCGGUUAUGGUCAAACUAUGUCAGGCAAAAGAUGAGCUGCGCCCAGUCAGGGACGACUUCGAAGCCAAGAACAAGCAGCUUCUGGACGAGAUGCCCAAAUUCUACCAGAGUCGCAUCGACUACUUCCAGCCCAGCUUUGAGGCUCUCAUCCGUGCGCAGGUGGUCUACUUCACUGAAAUGCACAAUAUCUUCAGCGAAUUAACGGACAAGAUCGACCAAGCUGGGCUGACUGAUGAGCAGAGGCAGAAGGAGACCGAGGCCAAGCUCAGCGAGCUGCGCUCUCUGUCAAUUGUCGCGGACGACUGAGGCGGGAACGCCGAGGAUUGGGAUGUGCUCUUUUCAUGCCUCUCUGAAUGGAUUUUACUCUCCGAGCUGCUCUGGAGUUCAGACGGACAGCAAUGGCCUUAAAAUGAUGGGCGGUUUCUGUAAUUGCAGCCCCACACGUUUUGCACUACAUCCUUGUGACUUCUUGUUUUUUCCCUCUGUGCAAAGACAUUGUAAUCCGGAGCAGCUCAAUGCCACAUUAACUAAGCCAUCAGCCAAGUGCGACUUUAUCAGCCAAUAUGUUUUUUCCUGUACCAGAAUCAGGUUUCAAUAGAGCAAAUUAAACUGCAUUAUUUUUGAGAGAUUUUGUUUUAUAAGGGUACAUUUAAACAGAAAUGUUUUCAUCUGUUACUAAACUUCAAAUUAAUUGUUUAACUCAAAGAUUAAUAUAAACAGAUGUCAGGAUAUAAAAUGUAGUUAAUGUGAUAUUGAAGUUCUGUGCCAUCAUGUGUAACGGCAGGUUUUAAACCUUUUUAAAAUUGCUGUAUAAUGAGUCCAAUCUGUCCUGACUUUAAAUAAUCUAAGGUGAGCCUAUGCCUCCUUUGAAAGGUCUUCUAUCCACUCAGACUGGGGACGCAGACAGAUUGAGCCAAGAAAAAAAAAGCUUGUACUCCCUCUAGUGGGAAUUUGUGAUCACAGCACCCACUUUCCUUUUGUUCACAGCACCCAUCCUUUGUUCUAUUGUCAGUGAGAGUAUGUGUUAGCGAGGAGCCUCACACAUUGUUGGCGUGCUAGAAAGUCCCUUCUCUUCACCCUCAACACCAGGGUUGGAAGCCAGUUUUGCUUUCUGGCCUCCUAUAAUUUUGGAUGGAGUCGUACUGCUUUGUUUUCACUCUAUUGGGAUGAGCCUCCCGUAUGAAAGCUAAACUAUUCAGUUAUGAGCACACAUUGACUUUUCAGAUGUGGCUUUGUUUUUCUUGUCUUUGUAUGUUAAGUGGAAUCUUUUCUAUUUUCUUUUAUAUCUGUUUGAGUUGUUUUAAAUGCACAACUUUAGAAAUGAAGGUGCUUUUCUUAAUCAGCUGUUAAAUUAUUUCAUUAUAGUCAUUUUUUUUAACGCAACUAAGGGGAUUCUUUGUCAGUUAUUUUAUUGCAUUACUUUGUCAAAUGUUGUGA